UUGGAUGGUUUACAUAAAGAAGAAGAAGAGCUAUUACGUAAAGGAUUGGAAAUGUCUAAUCGUCUGAAUGAAUGGUACAAAGAGCGUUUGGAGACCGUUGAGAAGAGAUCUCGCCUUCUUAACCAAGGAAUGGUGGCAUUAGAAUCUGCCGUCCAUGAGCAGAAAUUGAAUUUCUUGCGUGCUCACUUGACGGAGCUUAAUCGUCGCAUGGUAGCUUUAAUGGAAACAAGUGAUAAAGGAUUUCCAACUCAUGAAAAUCUGCAGAAAGGAAAUCUGCCACAACCUCAAGACGACCAAUUGACUUGGCUGCAUCGCCAAAAUAAAUUAUUGAAUCAGGAACUUGGUGAUAAAGUACGUCAGAUUGAAGAUUUCAAACGAGAAAAGGAGAAUGUUGAUCGUUCAUAUAGUAGAAUACAACCUAACAGACAUACACCAACACGUCCAUCAGCAUAUGUUCGACCAGCAUUUCAACAGCCAACAGUUGUAGUAGCAGCACCUCGAUCUAACCCUUCACCUAUCAAAAUCUAUGAUACGCUUAUGUGA